AUGAAUAAGCUAAUGUUAAAUGCGUUAAAGGUUAGAUCAUUCAACCGGUUUAAUGUCUCAAGUCUAAGGCUGAUUAGACAAUUUCAUGCGACUUCAAUUUCACGUCUCGAUGAUCCAUAUAAGACACUAGGAGUUGGUAAAGAUUCAAGUGCUUCUGAAAUUAAGAAGGCGUACUAUAAAUUAGCAAAAAAACUGCAUCCUGAUGUUAACCACGAAGAAGGAGCAGAUGAAAAAUUCCAUAAAAUCCAAGAAGCUUAUGAUAUUUUAUCUGAUACCACAAAGAAACAGCAAUAUGACCAAUUUGGUGCCGCGGCAUUCAACCAGGGCGGUGGAGGUGGACCUGGAGCUGGUCAUCCAUAUGGAGGCGGAAAUCCUUUUGCUGGGUUUGGAGGAUUUGGAGGAUUUGGACAAGGGGGUGGACAAGGUGGUUUUGAUAUCAAUUUUGAAGACCUAUUUGGCGGAUUUACUGGACAUCAAGGUGGUAGAAGGGGAGGUAUGCAGCAUUUUCAAGGUGAAGAUAUUGAGAUACUGAAGACAAUCCCCUUUAAGGAUGCGGUUUUUGGUACGGAAGUUAAAGUCGGAUAUAGUGCGGUUGUUGAAUGUGAUGCCUGUCAUGGACUAGGCUUAAAGAAAAACAGAAAGAAAUCUACAUGUAGGGUUUGUAAUGGUACGGGAACUCAGACUCAUGUUUUACAAGGCGGAUUCCAUAUGGCAUCAACGUGUAAAGCAUGUAAUGGUACAGGUGUUCAAAUAAAUCCAGGUGAUGAGUGUAGCUCCUGUCAUGGGGAAGGUGUUAAAACCCAAAUCAAACAAACCGAGGUGAGGCUACCUGCAGGUAUCAAAGACGGAGCUAGAUUAAGGGUUGCCGGUGCUGGUGAUGCUCCACAUAUGGCAAAGUCAAGCUCUUAUAAAUUGAGCAACGGUGAUCUAAUUAUCCGUAUCAGGGUUCAGCCAGAUCCUGUUUUCAAGAGAGAAGGUAGAGACUUGAUUUGCCAUCUAGAUAUUCCAAUGACGACAGCUGCAUUAGGUGGUACUGUGGAGGUGCCAACAAUUGACGGCCAGAAAAUCAAACUGAGGGUUUCCGCAGGCAGUCAGCCUGGUAAAACCAUUGAAAUUCCAAAUCAGGGUGUUCCGUUGAACGACAGACCCGGAUCACCAAGGGGUUCAAUGAAGGUUGUUCUUGGGGUGAAGACAUUGAGACCGCAGAAUGCCACUCAAGUUGCUCUAUUAGAGGCUGUUGCAGAUGCGUUUGGUGAUAAUACAGCCAAACGGAUGGAUCCAGAUUGGAAACCAUUGGAGGGGCUAUAUAAGGAGGGCAAAGAAAGCGAAGGCCAUGCCUGUGAAGAACCAAAUAACUUGAAGAGAAUCGAAUCGUUUUUGAGUAAGACCUUCAGAAAGAUCCUUGGAGAGAAAGAUAACGGGAAUGAGAAGAAAGAUUGA